AAAAAAAGGUUGGAAACGCCCAGAGUGUUGAUGUUCCUUCUUCACUCUCUCUCACUCUCUCUCUCUCUCGUAGUCAUUUCCUUGCACACACGAUCGUGUUACUAUUGAAGCUGCGCGCGUUUUCUUUCCGAUUGUUGAUUCUCGAUUUGGCUAUGCCAAUAAUUGUUGAGUUUAAAAAACACGUGAUAAUUCUUUUCCACGGGUUGUUUUCAUGAACGAAAGGUGCGUUUCUUAUUUAACAAGCUUAUUUCAAUUCAGUUGGAUUUCUGCAAAAAUUGAAGAAAAUCAUGGAUUUCUUCUUAUUUGCAAUGGACUGCUGCAUUAUAAUCGAUUAAUGUUUUCAGAGUCUUAUGGUAAGAACUAUUCUCACUGCCAUGUUCCCUCUGGGUGUGUGUAUAACAUCAUUGUGUAAAAAUUAAAAAAUGGUAGAGUGUUAUAAAUUCUUUUUGCCAGAAUAGUAUGGCUGUGGCAUUUGAUAUUGUAAUUGAUAAUCUCUUUCUAUUUCUCUUGUGUUGACCGAUUGCAGAAAGUGAGGUAAAAAGUAAUUGGAGUUUUAUUUGCGCCUUACUGGUGAUAAAUCUCUGCUCUUGGCAUCCGUGACGUUGAAGCAUUGAUUUAUUGAGAAUUUUGAUUUGGUAGAACUGGCAUCAAAGGCUGGAAUUUUGUUGUUAUUAUGGCUUCAAGAGUGAUUUUAAGAAAGAGAAGGAGUCUCUUUUCCAGUCCCCCAAAUGGUCAAUACACUCGCUUUAUUUUUGGAUUUUCGAGUGUUGGGCGUGGUCAACCAUUAGAAUCUAAUGAAUUCGAAGGUUUGAUCCAGUUUCCCUUCUGUUCAUCUGCCACUACAGGACAUAGACGGGAAGAAAAUUUAUUCAAUGUCAACAAAGAUGAUAUGGCAGCUUGUGCUGCCACGAGAUUUAUCUCCAAUAGUUUAUUUAGAGUUUCAAGUUUUGGAUUUAGAACUGACAAGAUAGAGUUAGUUUCUCUUUCAAGAUUGGGGUGGAUAUCCCAAUGUACCCGUUAUAUUUCCACGGCUGCAACUGAUCAAUCUGGAUUGGGUAGCAGUAAUAGAGGAAGUGAACAAUCAGCAACUAAACAGACGAAGGAAGCUUCACCGGAGGAAUGUGAUGAAGCUGUUGAAGACUUGAGCACUGUGAAAGCAAAAGCUAAGGCUAAACAACUGCAAGAACCCCAGAAGAGUGCUGAUUCUAUUCUUAAGAGAUUAUGGGCUAGGAUUUUAGGAAUUGGUCCCGCUUUCAGAACUAUUAUGUCAAUGAGCAGGGAUGACUGGGCAAAGAAGUUUAGUCAUUGGUGGGAUGAAUUUAAAUCUACCCUGCAACACUACUGGUUUGGUACAAAACUACUCUGGGCUGAUAUUAGGAUAAGCUCCAGAUUAUUGUUGAAACUUGCCGGUGGAAAGAAUCUUUCUAGAAGGGAGAGGCAGCAACUCACGAGGACAACAGCUGAUAUUUUCAGGCUAGUUCCUUUUGCUGUAUUUAUCAUAGUUCCAUUCAUGGAGUUAUUGUUGCCAGUAUUCCUGAAACUGUUUCCCAACAUGCUGCCAUCCACUUUCCAGGACAAGAUGAAAGAACAGGAGGCAUUGAAAAGAAGGCUAAAUGCAAGAAUAGAAUAUGCCAAGUUUCUUCAAGAUACUGUAAAGGAAAUGGCAAAGGAGAUUCAAAAUUCACGAAGUGGAGAAAUGAAGAAGACAGCAGAAGAUCUUGAUGAAUUUAUGAACAAGGUCAGAACGGGUGCCCGAGUUUCUAAUGAUGAAAUAUUAGGCUUUGCCAAAUUAUUUAAUGAUGAGCUAACCCUGGAUAACAUUAGCAGGUUGGGGCUUCUACCAUUGCUUAUGCCUCGCUUGGUAAAUAUGUGUAAAUAUAUGGGCAUCAACCCAUAUGGAACUGAUGCAUAUUUGCGUUAUAUGCUCCGCAAAAGAUUACAGGAGAUCAAGAAUGAUGAUAUACUGAUUCAAGCAGAAGGUGUGGAAUCUCUUUCAGAAGCAGAGCUUCGUCAGGCUUGUAGAGAUCGAGGAUUACUUGGAUUACUUUCAGUAGAAGAAAUGCGGCAGCAGCUGAAGGACUGGCUGGAUUUAUCUCUCAACCAUUCAGUGCCAUCUUCUCUCUUAAUUCUUUCAAGGUAUCCAUCUCAUUUCCUCUAUAGAGCAUUUUCUGUUUCAGGAAAGGUGAGGCCAGAGGAAGCUGUUCAAGCCACACUCUCUUCUCUCCCAGACGAGGUUGUAGAUACUGUUGGGGUGACAACUUUGCCAUCUGAAGAUUCUGUUUCAGAAAGGAAGAGGAAGUUGGAAUAUCUUGAAAUGCAAGAGGAGCUAAUCAAGGAGGAGGAAAAGAAAAAGGAGGCAGAGCAGGCCAAAAUGACAGAAUCUAUUGGUAGUGAAAGGGAUUUGGCUAUGAAAGAGAGAGCUUCAAUGACCAAACAAACACAAGAAGAGGUAAAAACAAAGACAUUGGAUAAUCAAGAACACCUCAGCAAGCUCAGCCGUGCAUUAGCUGUUUUAGCAUCAGCAUCUUCAGUGAGCAGGGAACGUGAAGAGUUUUUGAGGCUUGUUAGAAAGGAGAUGGAGCUUUAUGAUAGUAUGGUAGGGAAAGAAGGUACUGAAGGUGAGCAGGAAGCUAAGAAGGCCUAUCAAGCUGCAAGGAAGGAAAGUGAUGGUGCUAUUGAGGCAGCUAUUAGUGACAAGAUUUCUUCAGCACUUGUUGACAGGGUUGAUAACAUGCUCCAGACUCUUGAAAAAGAAAUUGAUGAUGUCGAUGCAAAAAUUGGAGACCGCUGGCGAUUGCUAGACAGGGAUUAUGAUGGGAAAGUGACACCUGAAGAGGUUGUAUCUGCUGCUAUGUAUCUGAAGGACACUCUGGGCAAAGAAGGAAUUCAUGAACUAAUCAGCAACCUUUCCAAGGAUAGAGAUGGGAAAAUAUUGGUGGAAGACAUUGUCAAAUUGGGCGCCCAUAACGAAGAUGCUGAUACAAAUGAAGUAGGAAGAUCCUAGUGUUAAUGUUGAUAUUAACUUCAAGGUUCCAGUCGAGUUGGACCUACUUUUAUUUGUUAAUUAUGAUCUUCCCACGUUAUCUUUGAAAUGUAACCGUAAUGAACAAUUUGUUUGUAUACUGAAAAGUGUAUUUAAAG